CCUCUGAACGUUCCGCCCUUGGGCAAAGCCCGGGCCAGCGCUAGGGCUCCGCUCCGGCAGAAACGGGGGCCUAGGCGCGUGUGGAAUGGAAAGGGGGCGGGGCGUGACCGUUGGGCAGGACGGUGCAGACCCCAGUGGCCUUCCCUUCCCUAGUGGGUGCCCGCCCUCGUGUUUCCUGGCCCGCCUCCAGCCCCCUCGCUCUCGCCUGCCGCUCCUCUUCAGCCUGAGUCUGCUAAGUCCCCGGGGCCGGGUAGCAAAUGGGACCUGCUGUGAGAAACACAACUCGAGUGUCAAAACACCCCGCAGCCCUGUGGGGUGUUGGAAAGUCUUCACUUGUUCAUCUGUUGUGCCAAAACCAGGUGUUGGGAAACCCGUCUUGGACUGUGGGCUGCUCGGUGGACGUCCGAAUCCAUGAUUACAAAGAGGGGACUCCAGAAGAGAAGACCUACUACAUCGAGUUAUGGGAUGUUGGUGGUUCAGUGGGCAGUGCUAGUAGUGUGAAAAGCACACGGGCGGUGUUUUACAACUCUGUGAAUGGUAUAAUAUUAGUGCAUGACUUAACUAACAAGAAGUCCUCCCAGAACUUGUAUCGAUGGUCUUUGGAAGCACUUAACCGAGAUGUGGCUCCAAGUGGAGUGCUAGUGACAAAUGGGGACUAUGACCGUGAACAGUUUGCUGAUAACCAGAUUCCACUACUGGUGAUAGGAACCAAAUUGGACCAGAUCCCAGAGACUAAGCGCAAUGAAGUUUUGACCAGAAUAGCUUUCCUGGCUGAGGAUUUCAAUGCAGAAGAGAUUAAUCUGGAUUGCACCAAUCCCCGCUAUCUGGCUGCAGGCUCAUCCAAUGCUGUCAAGCUCAGCAGGUUUUUUGAUAAGGUCAUAGAGAAGAGAUACUUGUUACGAGACAAUAAUCAGAUUCCUGGCUUUUCUGAUAGAAAAAGAUUUGGAGGUGGUACAUUGAAGAGCCUUCAUUAUGAUUGAACACUGCUCACUGUCCAGAGAUUGAAUGGAAUAUGAGUUCUCUCCAUUUACAGCAACUUAUUCCUUUCCCUGUUGGACUCCUUGAAAGCUACCAUUCUCUUGCCAGGCAAAAUAAAUUUUAUUAAUUGCUUUGGCCAAUAGGACUGUGGAAGAUAUCAGUGCUGAUGAAGGCACAGGGAAGAAUCCCCAAAUCUGUUCUGAAAUCCAGGCUUCCUCCUCAGCUUAGGAACCUUGUGGAAAUACGGGAUCUUUUUGAAUUGGUGCAAUAAAUUCAGUGUUUUCCACACUGCUGUGGGAAACAUUUUCAUGCACAGCA